UUUCUAUAAUUAGCAUGAAAUCGUUCGCCGGAAUAAGCUCUCGAAACGUCGAUCAUCUCUCUUUCCCCUUUUCCCUUUUCUCUAUUUUUUUUUCUCAAACACGUGAAUCUCCCCAUCUUCUUCUUCUUCCUCUCUCUCUCCUCGUGAUUCUUUCAGGUUAGACGAACAUCCCGAGCAGAUUAACCUUUUGAAUUUUUUUUGUGGAAGGAAGUUAAUUAUGGGAUAUCUGGAUUUGGCGGUGUCGUGUUCAAACCCGACGCAGACCGUUGAAACUCCGGCGAGCGGCGGAGGUCUCAGCCAGAACGGAAAAUUCAGCUAUGGAUAUGCGAGCUCCACGGGGAAGAGAUCGUCCAUGGAAGACUUCUUCGAGACGAGGAUCGACGGCGUCGAUGGACAAAUCGUUGGUUUAUUUGGAGUUUUUGAUGGCCAUGGUGGAGCCAGAGCAGCUGAGUAUGUGAAGCGUCAUCUUUUCACUAACCUCAUCACUCAUCCAAAUUUCACCUCUGACACCAAAUCAGCUAUUAGUGAUGCUUAUAACCAUACAGACUCUGAACUUCUCAAGUCAGAAAAUAGUCACAAUAGAGACGCUGGUUCCACUGCUUCAACAGCUAUACUUAUUGGUGAUCGUUUGAUUGUUGCCAAUGUUGGUGAUUCAAGAGCUGUUAUCAGCAGAGGCGGAAAUGCCAUUGCGGUGUCAAGGGACCAUAAACCUGACCAAAGUGAUGAGCGUGAAAGGAUUGAGAAUGCUGGUGGGUUUGUGAUGUGGGCAGGAACGUGGAGGGUUGGAGGAAUUCUUGCAGUUUCUCGGGCAUUUGGUGAUCGUCUUCUGAAGCAAUACGUUGUUGCGGAUCCAGAAAUCCGGGAGGAGAAGAUUGAUGAAUCUCUUGAGUUUCUGAUCCUAGCAAGUGACGGGCUAUGGGAUGUUUUCUCUAAUGAGGAAGCAGUUGCAAUGGUUAAGGAAGUUGAAGAUCCAGAGGAGUCAGCGAAGAAACUUGUGGGAGAAGCAAUAAAGAGAGGAAGCGCAGACAACAUCACAUGUGUCGUCGUUCGUUUCUUGGAGACGGCUUCGUCAAGCCACGUCAGCUCCUCGUCAUCCGAUGAAGCCAAUUUGAUGAUGAUGCCGCCAGUUGGAGACCUCAAGCUCUCAUCCAGUGAAAGUAAGCAAGUCCAGACAGAGAAUGUAGCGAGUCGAGAACCAGGCCCUGCAAGUAGUGAAAUGAACGUUAAUGGUUUAGCAGAUGAGAGCGGCUGAAACUCGCUUAUGAGUUUUCCAGAGGAGAUUAGUGACCGAUAAGGUAAUUAGCGUUCCCUCAAAGACAACAGCAAAACAAACUUACAGAUCCUUGAUUGUGGUUGCAUUGCAUUUUAGGAUUACAUGUGUAUUUAAUAUGAAAUGUAUGUUUAUGAUUACAUCUAUUUGUAUUUGGUUAUGUAUAGUUUAUCUAUAUAUAUUUGGAUUUGACUCUUCA